CCAUUUUUUCCAAAAUUUGGAACUAUAUUACAUCAUGGACCAUUCAUAUGUCUUUCAUCCAAAUAGCCAAUUACGUGGUUUCUUAUUAUGCCUACCAAAUUAAACAUAAAUCUUCGGUUACUCAGACAAAUUAAUAACCCUUUAUUAAAUUAGCAAAAUAUUCCAUGGCUGCGAAGAGAGUGUUUCUUCCAUUAAUCACAGCGUUUCUUCUGUUAAAACUCGCCGCCGCCGCCUGCUCUAAUGGAGCCUGCAACCAGGUGGGGGAUGACUGUUCGUCGGAUGCGGAUUGCGGGUCGGGUAUGUACUGCUUUACUUGCCGACCCGAAUUUGAUGGCUCCAAAUGUGUUCGUUCAACCGCCACAAACCAGUUCACCAUAGUGAAUAACUCUCUUCCGUUCAACAAAUACGCGUUUUUGACAACACAUAACGCUUUCGCCAUAGAAGAUGGAGUCCCGAGACUUACUUUCACCAAUCAAGAAGACAGCAUCACUCAACAACUCAACAACGGCGUUCGUGCCUUGAUGCUCGAUACAUACGACUUCGAACAAGACAUAUGGUUGUGCCAUUCUUUCGGAGGCCAAUGCCACGACUACACCAAAUUUGAACCUGCGAUAAACGCAUUGAAAGAAAUCGAAGCGUUCUUGUCUAAAAAUCCGUCAGAAAUUGUGACGUUGAUUUUGGAAGACUACGUCAAAACAACGAACGGAUUGACAAACGUUUUCACAAAAGCAGGUCUUAUGAAAUAUUGGUUCCCAUUGUCGAAAAUGCCAAAAACUAACGGCCAGGAUUGGCCGUUAGUUAGCGACAUGGUAGCCAAUAAUCAACGGCUACUCGUUUUCACUUCCGUAAAAUCCAAGGAAAGUAGUGAAGGGAUUGCUUAUCAGUGGAAUUACAUGGUCGAAAAUCAAUAUGGGGAUGAUGGAAUGAAGGCAGGGGAUUGUAUCAAUAGGGGAGAGUCUUCAGUGCUUAAUGACACAACAAAAUCAUUGGUUUUGGUUAAUUAUUUCGGGACAAUUCCGAUUAAGCCGAUCGCCUGUGUUCAGAAUUCCGGCGGCCUUUCCGACAUGUUGCGGACGUGUUACGGUGCCGCUGGUAAUCGGUGGGCUAAUUUUGUCGCCGUUGAUUUUUAUAAGAGGAGUGAGGGAGGGGGAACAUUUGAAGCGACAGACAUGUUAAAUGGGGAACUCUUGUGUGGAUGCAACGAUGUUCAUUCAUGUACUCCAGGUUCCAACUGUAGAUCCCCAAAAUGACAUCUUCCAUGGCUAAACCGAGUCGACUCACCACUAUCGUCUUCACGAAAUUUCGUGCAUUUUCGUAAUGAGUUGAAUUUCGAAAUAUAAUUUUCUUUCGAAAAAUAAUGAAACGAAAAAAUAAAUAAAAAUAUAACGACGUUGGUAGGUAAUUUUCUUUCAUUUGUUCAACUACACUCGGUAUUUGUUUCAAAUAAUCGUGAAAAAUACUUACGCAUUAGUGAUUUUCGGGAUGAAACACCACAAAUAUUCUUUCUUUAAAAAU